AUGGGAGCCCAGGAUAGAGAGUCCUACAAUAGCGACGUCGAAAUGGCCGAUGGUGAAACCCCCGGCCUGACGCCCUCAGACCCUCAGGCUAGCCCGGAUACAAAAGCCAAACAACAAGAUACAGGCCAGAGACACCGCGAAAAGCCUUCCGCCGACUCCCUCACUCAUGCCUCCGAUCCACGCUCCCUUCAUCAGAACCUUCCUUCCGAUAACAGUGCCAGUUCCGCCUCCGAUUCCCUCAUUCCCAGUCCUUCCAACCAGUCCACCGCGGGAACCUCUUUGAAUGCCGAUGGAUUCGCUAUCCCACCCUCAACUCCCUCGCUUCCCAGUCUCGAUGAACAGGUCGCCAAAGUCACCCAGAUCAGCUUGAAAGAGCCUCAAGAAGGGGACAUUGGCUAUCUAGUCUCUAACAAAUGGCUAGUCCGCGUGCAAGCCCGGAGUUCCUUCGCUUCGGAUUUGAUCAAUCCGCCCAAAUCUGCAACCGAAGGAGAGAUUGGCCCCGUGGAGAACUCAGACUUGGCUAUGGUCAUUGAAGAUUCAGGCAAGCUCAUGGACGAAGCCGGACAUCCCUACGUACCUCUUCGACCUGGCUUGACACAAGGAGAAGAUUACCAGAUUCUCCCUCAGGAGGCUUGGGAUCUGAUCGUUUCAUGGUAUGGCCUUGCCAAAGACUCACCGGUCUUGACGAGGUAUGCCCAUGAUUCGCAGGUUGAUGGUGCCGAAGUGGCCAAUGUUGUCUACGAGCUUAGCCCUCCCAUCUUUUCCUUCCUGAAAGUCCCCAGCGAGCACACCACCCAAACUCAGCGUGAAAAGGACCUUCCGCCUCAACGCCUACUGGCCAGCAAGAGGAAACCGUUUAUGCAGUGGUUGAAGGAGGGAAAGGAAUUACUCCACAUCGAUCUAAACACUCAAGUCCGUGUGUGGAGGAUUCUUGGUGGCCUCAAAAACUCCAGCGGCUCUGGCAUCAUUACACCCAUCGCCUCAAGAAGUGCUUCUCCGGCUCCAGGUGCAGAGAUCGUGGCUUCAGCGGGAGAUAGGAUGCUCCUUGAUGUCAAUACAUUUGCUUCGCUGCUUAUUGGUGAGCAUCGAGAACUCCUUGAGAUCAAGGAUCAGACUGGCAACUCUAAGUACAAUGGUAGCUUGACUUUGGGCACGGCCGGCCUGGGACGAGAUGAGGUCAUCUGUUUGGAAGAACAAAAACCUGGAAAGGAGGAGUGGCCCAGCGAAAGCUCGAAACUUUCUAUCAAGGGACUCAAGACCACUGCCAAAAACCUCACAGUUAGCGGGAGAACCAGCCCUGCUCCUGGUAUGGUUACUCGCGGUCGGCAAAAGCAAGCUGGAAGACCGCGCGGAAUCACUGGACUCAGCAACUUGGGAAAUACCUGCUACAUGAACUCUGCCCUGCAAUGCAUCCGAAGUGUCAAAGAACUCACCGAUUACUUUCUACUUGAUGAGUGGAAAAAGGAUUUGAAUGUCACCAAUGUCCUUGGACAUAGAGGCGAGGUUGCCAAGGCCUAUGCCAACCUCCUCCACCAGAUCAAUGACGAGAACUCAUCGUCGACGAACCCGGGUAGAUUCAAAGCCGUCAUAGGUAGACAUGGUCCAAGCUUCUCCGGCUAUCAGCAGCAAGACUCGCAAGAGUUCCUGCUUUUCUUGCUUGAUGGUUUGCAGGAAGAUCUGAAUCGAGUGCUCAAGAAGCCAUAUGUUGAAAAGCCUGACUCCACAGACGAGAUGGUCAACAAUCCAACUGCUCUCAAGGAAUUCGCUGAUAAAAAUUGGGAGAUAUAUAAAGCAAGGAAUGAUUCUGUGGUUACAGACCUCUUUGCUGGCAUGUACAAGUCCACCUUGACUUGUCCAGUCUGUGACAAGGUCAGCAUCAUUUUUGACCCCUUCAACAAUUUGACCUUGCAACUCCCUGUCGAGAAUAACUGGGCGAAAGAGAUUCUCUAUUUCCCUCUACACAAGCGGCCAUUUCGAAUAGACGUGGAUAUCGACAAGCACUCAAGUAUCACAAUGCUGAAAGAAUUCGUCGCUAAACGCACCCACGCUGAUAUCCAACGACUGCUAGUUGCCGAGUCGUACAAGAACAAGAUAUACAAGAUCUUCGAUAACAACGUGGUCAUCUCAGAAGCGAAUAUUCAACCCGCCGAUAUUAUUUGUGUGUAUGAGUUAAAUUCCGUCCCGACAAACUACAAUCCCAACAAGGUCAAGAAAUUCUCACUGUAUACAAUAGGUCGUGAGACAGAGGAUGACCUGGUUGAAGAUGAUAGCGCCGAAGCUGAUUCUUUGUUGGUACCUAUGUACAACAGAUUAGUCAAGACUCCUGCAAGAGCAGCUAGCAAGCCUUUCUUCGGGCAGCCAACCUAUCUUGUUCUCAACCGACAGGAUCGUGCUUCGUACGAUGGAAUCCUCAAAAGGGUUCUUGGCAAUGUACUGGGCAUGACGACAACAAAUCUACUCGAUGCCGACAUUGACUCGGACAACGCCGGGAUUACACCUGAAGGCUCCGAUACAGUUGUGAUGGCAGACGACGUCUCUAGCUCAGAUUCAAAUCCACCGCUAGCAGCUUCUUUACAGGACGAAGAUGGCAUCGUCGAUGUUUCAAUGCGUGACGCAAGUCAAGCGCCGGAGGCGAGAUCCCAAUCCCCUACGUCCACGUCUGACUGGUUCCAUCAGCCAGGAGUGAAGGUUCCCCAGUCCCUGAAAAGUCUAUUUACCAUUCAUGUGGCAUCUACCGGUGAAGGAAUCCCGACUGGCUGGAAUCAGAUCACAGAGAGCCAUGAUUAUGACACCAUCACAACGCGCAUCCCGAAAAGCGUGUCUCAUCGACCAGCAAGGUCCAAUGGAUCUCUCACUCUUGCGAAUGGAGAUGAUGGGUCAGCAACAAGUGAAGAUGAACUGGCAGGAGAUAUUGAACAUGAUGAACACAUCAUAUCAAGCGAUGAGACAGGCUCUGAGUCAAACGGCAGUCCCCUGCCAGUGGAUCCGGAUUCGGACAAUGGACUAGCUGUCCACCGUUCGAGUAAGGCGAGAAACCCCAAGUCAAAGCGAUCCAAACGGCAGCAGCGAAGUAAGGGUAAUCUUAAUAAGAAGCGCACGCAGCGUCGGACACCUCCGCCUCCACCCCAGCCUCAACCCAAAGUAAGCAGCAAAGGAUUGAUUCGCCCUGGCGAAGCCAUCGUCCUUGAUUGGAAUCAAGAUGCUUUCGAGUCUCUUUUUGGUGGUUCAGAAACUAGCACAGAAGAUGCAGAAGCCUUCCAUGGCGCACCAACCUGGAAAAGUGUUGAGCUCUUCCAUGAUGCUGAACUGGUCGCAAAACGUGCUCAGCGAACAAGUCGGAGGAAGAAUGGCAUCUCAUUAGAUGACUGUCUAGCUGAGUUUGGCAAAGCCGAGACACUGUCAGAACAGAAUGCCUGGUAUUGUCCACGUUGCAAAGAACAUCGUCGUGCAGACAAGACCUACGAGCUGUGGAAAAUACCCGACAUCCUUGUCAUGCACCUGAAACGAUUUAGCUCGAAUCGAAACUUCCGUGACAAGCUGGAAGUCAAGGUGGAAUAUCCAACUGAAGGACUAGAUCUCAAUGGAAUGGUGAGGGACAAGGAAGAAGGCAAGAGUCUCAUCUAUGAUCUCAUUGCAGUGGACAAUCACUAUGGAGGCCUUGGCGGCGGACAUUAUACUGCCUAUGCGAAGAACUCUGUCAACAAUAAUUGGUAUGAAUACAAUGACUCCCACGUUUCUCAACGUUCAGAUGAACGGACUGUGGUGACGAGUGCGGCAUACCUUUUGUUCUAUCGCAGGCGGGAGACUCCACCUGGUCACCCUUUAGGCGGACCACUGAUCGAGGCAAUGAUGGCGCGAGACUACUUGGAAGUCGACUCUGAGAAUCCUCAAGCAUCUCGUGAACCUUCCCCGGUGGCGGGGGAAGGUCAGCGUCUCGGCGACUCCUCCCACAAUGGGUCGUCGAGCGCUUUCACAGCCGGUCAAGGUCACCGCGUGGGAGCGGUUGGCUUGGCCAUGGAAGAGGAAAAUCCGAGUCGCGGUCUACUAGCCGAAACCGCAAGUCUACCGAGACUGAUCGGACCGGCAGUCAGUGAUGAGCUACCAUCUUACAGCGAGCACGAUGCUCGCGGCAUGAACAUAGACGAUGGUGAUGAGGGUGUUGAUAUGAGUUAUGGUCCAACUCCGUGGGACUCAGGCGGAGGCUGGUCAUUUGACCAACUAAACACACAGUCGCGCAUGGCGGCCCCUUCGGAAGAUGGCAUGUUCGGAGAUAAUCGCAGUAAUGACAGCACGCGUGUUGAAGGUAACAUUGGGAGUCCAAAUCAUAGUCUCCUUACCAUGGACGAUGGCGAUGAGGUGGAUAACCCUAUCUACAGUGAACCUGUCACCAGCGAAGAUUAUGGCAAUCGGAGCAUGAGAGAAAGUGCUCCUCCUCCUGAAAUUCCAGGAAUGUCCAACAUACCCAAUGAGGAUGAGGAUGAUCUGCCGGUAAUGGAACUGACGGCAGAUCCAAGCGGUGAGCUCAAAUUCCGAUCCGAGGCACGUUGA